AGGAAAGGCCUAGCCAUGCGAUUUACAGGUGAAAUGCACCUGCUGAGAACGUCCGAUGUCACUCAGGCCACGCUCGCCAGCGUAGCCCCCGUGUUUACUGUGACAAAAUUUGACAAAGGAGGAAAUGUGACGUCUUUUGAAAGGAAGAAAACGGACUUAUAUCAAGAAUUAGGUCUUCAGGCCAGAGAUCUGCGGUUCCAGCACCUCAUGAGCAUCACCACCAGAAACAACAGGAUCAUCCUGAGAAUGGAGUACCUGAAAGCGGUGAUCACCCCCGAGUGUCUCCUGAUCCUGGAUUAUCGUCACUUAAACCUGGAGCAGUGGCUGUUCCGGGAGCUCCCCGCGCAGCUGGCCGGAGAGGGCCAGCUGGUCACGUACCCUCUGCCCUUCGAGUUCAGAGCCAUGGAGGCACUCCUGCAGUACCGGAUCAGCAAGCUGCAGGGGAAGCUGCGCCUGCUGGAGCCCCGGAUCCUCGACACGUUGGAGGCGUUAGUGGACCCCAAACACUCCUCUGUGGACAGAAGCAAACUGCACAUCCUGCUGCAAAAUGGCAAAAGCCUGUCCGAGCUGGAGACGGACGUUCGGAUGUUCAAGGAGGCGAUCCUGGAGAUCCUGGACGACGAGGAGCGGCUGGAGGAGCUCUGCCUCAGCAAGUGGAGCGACCCCGAGGUCUUUGAGCAGAGCAGCGCGGGCAUCGACCACGCGGAGGAGAUGGAGCUGCUGCUGGAGAACUGCCACCGGCUGGCCGAGGACCUGGCGCACGCGGCCCGCGAGCUGCGGGCGCUGAUCGACGACUCGCAGAGCGUCAUCUUCCUCAACCUGGACAGCCACCGCAACGUCAUGAUGCGGCUGAACCUGCAGCUGACCAUGGGCACCUUCUCGCUCUCGCUCUUCGGCCUGAUCGGAGUUGCCUUUGGAAUGAAUUUGGAAUCGUCCCUUGAGGAGGACCACAGGGUGUUCUGGCUGAUCACCGGGAUCAUGUUCAUGGGCAGUGGCCUGAUCUGGAGGCGGCUGCUGUCCUUCCUCGGGCGGCAGCUAGAGGCUCCUAUGCCUCCGAUGAUGGCCUCCUUACCUAGGAAGACCCUGCGGGCAGACGGACGGCUGGACACGAAGCCCAGCCUCAGGCCGGACGGGCUGGGGUCCAGCAGGAGCGUCCUCACACCCCGGUGAGCGCGGCUCGCACGGCAGUCGCUGGUGAGACCGAGCCAAGCACAGAGCUACGUUGUCGUCCGAGGAAGGCCCGGCGAGCGAGCGACCGACGAGGACGUGACCGCGCUUUCAGGGCUCUGAGGAGACCACGGGCUUCUUGGUCAGAGGCCAGGACUCUGCUCUGCAGCCUGCAGAGCUGCCCUUACAGCCGGAGGCCGGCAGGAGCUGACUGAACCGCGGCUGCGGCCUGGACCUGACUUCAUGCGCAUCGAGGAAAGGUGUGUCCAGCAGCCGUGGUGCUGAGACGGCCCGUCCGAGAACAGCCUGCUCAGCGGCCGAGGGCUGGCAGCGCCCGCCAGCCUUACACUCCGCAGUCCGUGCUGGGAGCCGCUGGCAGCGCCCGCCAGCCUCACACUCCGCAGUCCGUGCUGGGAGCCGCUGGGAGUGCACACCAGCCUCACACUCCACAGUCCGUGCUGGGAGCCGCUGGCAGCGCACACCAGGCUUACACUCCGCAGUCCGUGCUGGGAGCCGCUGGCAGCGCCCGCCAGCCUUACACUCCGCAGUCCGUGCUGGGAGCCGCUGGCAGCGCACAUCAGGCUUACACUCCACAGUCCGUGCUGGGAGCCGCUGGCAGCGCCUUAGUUUCUUCCAUUCGCUCCCUUCAUAGAUGGUGAAUAAAACGGGGGCACGAUCCUCUCACGUCAGCUUUA